AUGGCAUCGGAGGAUGUGGUAGGGAAGAGAAGCGAGAGUGCGGCGGUGACGAGGAUCGUUAAUUUGGCAGGGGAAGCCAAAACUGCGACUGAAGGAGUUAAAGCUCCUAGUCAUGCUCUUCUUAGCAUCUCCAAGUCUCUUGCCGCCGGUGGAAUCGCCGGAGGAGUGUCCCGCACUGCAGUUGCUCCUUUGGAACGUCUGAAAAUUCUUCUCCAGGUUCAGAAUCCACAUAACAUCAAGUACAAUGGAACAGUUCAGGGGUUAAAAUAUAUAUGGAGGACUGAGGGUUUCAGGGGACUUUUCAAAGGGAAUGGAACUAAUUGUGCUCGGAUUGUGCCAAAUUCUGCUGUCAAGUUCUUCAGUUAUGAGGAGGCAUCAAAGCAAAUCUUAUGGCUGUACCGCAGGCAAACUGGGAAAGAGGAUGCUGAACUUACUCCUGUUCUACGCCUUGGUGCUGGAGCAUGUGCUGGAAUAAUAGCUAUGUCUGCAACAUACCCAAUGGACAUGGUGCGAGGUCGAAUUACUGUCCAGACCGACAAGUCUCCUACUCAAUACAGAGGUAUUUUCCAUGCUCUAAGAACAGUAUUGGCUGAAGAAGGUCCCCGUGCUUUAUACAAGGGUUGGCUUCCAUCUGUUAUAGGAGUUAUUCCUUAUGUGGGUCUGAAUUUUGCUGUUUAUGAAUCUCUGAAAGAUUGGUUGGUCAAAUCUAAACCAUUUGGACCAACUCAAGACUCCGAGUUGAGUGUAGCAACGAAGCUUGCAUGUGGUGCUGCUGCUGGAACUGUUGGACAGACAGUGGCUUAUCCACUUGAUGUUGUCCGCAGGCGGAUGCAGAUGGUGGGCUGGAAAGAUGCUUCUUCUGUUGUUAGUGGUGAUGGGAAGAGCAAGAUACCUAUUCAAUAUAAUGGUAUGAUAGAUACAUUUCGAAAGACAGUUCGCUAUGAGGGUGUUGGAGCUUUGUACAAGGGUUUGGUUCCGAAUUCAGUAAAGGUGGUUCCUUCCAUAGCAAUUGCAUUUGUGACAUAUGAGUGUGCAUCUGUUCUGUCACACGGAGCUUCUGGUUCGCAAGCCGCAGCUUUACUUCAAUUCAUGAACUCUACUCUUGAAUCCAAUUCGGUAACUUUUCUAUCAAUCUGCUCUUUCUCUGCCUGCAACUGGAUUGGAGUCAGUUGCGACCCAAUCCGUCACCACAGAGUAACGGCAAUAAACCUUUCACAGAUGAAUCUUUGCGGCAACAUUCCUCCCCAACUCGGGAACCUAUCAUUCCUUGUUUCUCUAAACAUUAGCAAGAACGACUUCCACGGCGAAAUCCCAGCUGAAUUAUCCCGUCUCCGCCGGUUGAGGGUGCUUGAUUUAGCCGUCAAUAAUGUCACCGGAGCGCUUCCAAAUUGGAUCGGUUCCUUUCCGGAACUUCAAGUAUUGUAUCUCGGAAACAAUAACUUUCGUGGGCUUAUUCCACCUUCCAUUUCAUCAAACAGUUCAAAGCUGACAACAAUUAAUCUUGCACGCAAUUCUCUUCAGGGAAGUAUUCCUAGAGGGAUUUUUAACAUUUCUUCCUUGGAGAAGUUGUUCUUGGUCGGGAAUGCGUUGUCUGGGAAUAUUCUGGCGAGCAUGUGUGAUAAUCUUCCUCGUCUGAGUUCCCUGAGUUUGUCUUUAAACAACUUCUACGGUGAAAUUCCGACCGGCAUAGGCCAAUGUGAGGAACUCAGGGAGUUGUCCCUGUCUUUGAACCAGUUUAAUGGAUCCAGUCCUGAAGGCAUUGGGAAGCUGAAGAAGCUGGAGUUGAUUUAUUUUGCGAGUAAUCAUUUGACUGGUCCAAUACCAAAAUGGAUUGCCAAUUUAACAAUGCUAAGAUACUUGGACCUUAAUUCAAAUAACAGGAAAAUUGCAAUACCAGAAGAGCUCAGCAGCUUAUCCAAUCUGCAGAGUCUAAACUUAGGAUUCAACAACUUGAUUGGUACUAUACCAUUAGGCAUCUUUAACCUCUCAAUGCUCAAUCUUAUAUCAUACAAUUUUCUCACAACAUAUUCACAGAAUCCAAAUUUGAAUGCCAUUCUUCCGGAUUUGAUUGAUUGGCAAAAUUUGAGCAACUUGGUUGUUUUGAGCUUAUAUGGUAAUGAAUUGACUGGCUCCUUGCCUAGUACAAUCAAACAUUUGCAGAAUCUCCAAGCAAUUGAUCUUAAGAUUAACAAGCUAACCGAGGUUCAGUUGGACUACUUUUGUGGGUUGAGCAAAUUGGGAUUAUUGCAACUCAGGCAAAAUCAAAUUUCUGGACCAAUUCCUAAGUGUUUAGGAAAUGUUACAUCAAUGAGGUAUGUCUACUUAGGUUCUAACUUGUUAAGCUCCUCUCUGCCGGAAGAAUUGUGGAAUUUGAAAGAUUUACUGGAGCUUGAUUUAUCAACCAAUUCAUUGAGUAGCUUCCUGUCUCCACAAGUGAAGGACCUCAGAGUAGCAACCUAUAUAAAUUUGUCAAGGAAUUAUUUCUCAGGUGGGAUUCCAAUCACAAUUGGUGACAUGGGUAACCUGAUUUAUCUAUCUUUAGCAAAUAACCAGUUUCAAUGUUCCAGUCCGGGAUCAGUUGGUAAAAUGUUGAGUUUGCAAGCAUUGGAUUUGUCAUUCAAUCCUGUUUCUGGUUCAAUUCCAUUCUCACUUGAGGCCCUUCAGAAUCUUAGGCAGUCAAAUCUCUCAUUUAACAAUUUAAGCGGCGAAAUUCCUUCGAAUGGUUCUUUCAAGAACUUUACCAGUGAAUCCUUCAUGUCCAACCAUGCACUUUGUGGAGCUGCAAGGUUCAAUGUUCCUUCAUGUCCAAGUAACUCAAGUAAAACCGUAAGGCCUAAAAAGGCGUUUAGUCGGCUUAAACUUGUUUGA